CCCCCCCCUCCCUCCCCGCCCUCCCUCCUCCCGCUCCGCCCGGAGCGCCCUUCGCCCAACGCCGUUACCGGCGCCGACACAGCCGAGGCCCGAGCGCUGCCUGAGCCGACCCCGCGCUGCUCACCAUGGACACCGGAGUCAUCGAAGGGGGUCUCAAUGUCACACUCACCAUCCGGCUACUCAUGCACGGAAAGGAGGUGGGAAGCAUCAUUGGGAAGAAAGGGGAGUCUGUGAAGAAGAUGCGAGAGGAGAGCGGAGCUCGCAUCAACAUCUCGGAAGGGAACUGCCCCGAGCGCAUCAUCACCCUCGCGGGACCCACCAACGCCAUCUUCAAAGCUUUUGCGAUGAUCAUUGACAAACUGGAAGAGGACAUCAGCAGCUCCAUGACCAACAGCACAGCUGCCAGCCGGCCCCCGGUCACCCUCCGGCUCGUGGUGCCCGCCAGCCAGUGCGGGUCCCUCAUUGGCAAAGGAGGCUGCAAGAUCAAGGAGAUCCGAGAGAGCACGGGGGCACAGGUCCAGGUGGCAGGGGACAUGCUGCCCAACUCGACUGAGCGAGCCAUCACCAUCGCUGGGAUCCCACAGUCCAUCAUCGAGUGCGUCAAACAGAUCUGCGUCGUCAUGCUUGAGUCUCCCCCGAAGGGUGUCACCAUCCCGUACCGACCCAAGCCAUCCAGCUCUCCCGUCAUCUUUGCAGGCGGCCAGGACAGGUACAGCAGCGGCAGUGCGAGCUACCCCCACACCGCCCCAUCCAUGUGCCUCAACUCUGACUUGGAGGGACCACCUCAGGAGGCCACCCGGCAGCCACUGCAUGGCAACGAACUUGGGCCAAUUCCAGCCUGGGCUGCAGUUCUUCCGGUGACCUGGAAGCCUAUACCAUUCAAGGACAGUAUGCCAUUCCACAGCCAGAUGUAA